AUGAUUCCACAAGGCCCUCCAAAGCUCACGCUUGUACGCUACGGUCCUCCUGUGGAAGUACCAUCUGAUUCCACCGAAGUGACCGCUGCAUUGGCAAAUGGAAGCCACGAAGACAACAGAGACACAGUGGGAUUUAUUGAGCGGAUCCGCAGAGAGGCACAGGGGUCACGAGUGCCGUUACAGGCGAUCCUUGACACUCUCUUUCCUCCUCGGGUCUGGCGCGACGAGAAUAAGGUCUUCAUGCAACACGUAAGCGCUGCAGCAGCAGAUCGCGUGGAUGUGCUAAAGACACGUGAGGAGCUUGACGUUCAACUUCUCGAGAGACGAGCAUCCGAAACAGGCGUCUGCGCUUGUCGCUAUGAUGCAAUACUUCAGUGCUUUGAUGAGCUCAUUCGCCAGGUGGCGAUUCUUUGUCCUGAGCGGGCCUUUCUUCUGAUUAGAGUCAAGGAUGAAAUUAGAAUGACAAUAUCGGCCCUGGAGGUUCUUUGCAAAAGCUCCAUAGGCUUCUCUGUCCUCAAGCAACUUCAAAGCCAUAGUGUUAGAUCAACAACUAAAAGAGAGCAGGCAAGGCAACGUACAUGA